GAGAGAUUUAUUUAAAUUGCGGUGAUCAUUCAGAGCUGUUUUUUUAUUGCGAUCAGAUGAAGAUAUAGAUUUAUCAGUUAGUUUUAUACAUAUAUUGACAAGAUGUCUGAGUUUCUACAAUUUAAUAGUAUACCAUCGGGUAAUCAUAAGGGGAAGAAGCACAUUGUGAUUGUGGGUGCUGGGAUCAUUGGUGUUUGUAUUGCUUAUUUCAUUAUCAAGCACCCAAAAUUCGAUCCGGCCAAAAUCCAUAUUACAAUUGUGGAAAGUAAAAGAGUGGCCGGAGGAGCAAGUGGUAAAGCCGGUGGAUUAUUAGCAUUAUGGGCAUUUCCUCAGCAGAUUGUGCCUCUUUCUUUUGAGUUACAUCAACAAUUGUCUGAUCUAUAUAAUGGAGAAGAAGAGUGGGGGUAUCGUCGAUUGACAACGGUUUCAUUAGAAGGAGAUAUCAAAGAAACCGAUAGUGGUAGUUAUAGAAAAUCCACUAAUACUGAUACUGAUUCAUCAACCGAAAAACCACCCAAGAAAACUUCUAGAGCAACCCGUCUGCAAACCGCUAAGAAUAGUAAGGGUUUGAGCGGGAGUAAAUUACCAAAUGAUUUGAAUUGGAUCAAUUCUACCUUAAUUGAUCUGUGUCUGUCUCUUGGUGGUACCGAUAGUACUGCCCAAGUGCAUCCUUAUAAAUUCACCAGUUUUAUAUUGAAAAAAGCAGUUGAAAUGAGUCAAGGUUCUUUAGAAUUAAUCUUGGGUAAAGUAAACCAAAUCAAUUAUUCAAUGGAAACCGGAGUUGCCACCGGAGUAACUUAUGAACCUACAUCUUUAAAACAACAAGAAUCAAAACCUUUGGUUGAAUUAAGUGGUGAUCAAAUUAUACUAUCAGUUGGUCCUUGGACUUCCAAGAUUUUACCCGACUGUCCAAUAUCUGGUUUAAGAGCUCAUUCAAUUACAGUUGCUCCAUUUAAAGAUCAACCAGUUAGUCCCUAUGCAAUCUUCACCGAAUUUAAAACCGGCCCAAUGUCCUAUGUAUCCCCGGAAAUCUACGCAAGACAAGAUGAAGUGUACGUCUGCGGUGAAGGUGAUUCAACCGUUGAUGUUCCAGAAACUUCUGAUGAUGUGGAGGUUGUUAAAUCAAAAUGUGAUGAUUUAUUUAAUCAAGUUGGUAAAAUAUCUCCUAAUUUACGUAAAGGUCAUAUCUUGAAAAAACAAGCUUGUUAUCUCCCAGUAUUGGAUGUUCCCUCCUCCAGUGGUCCUUUAAUUGGUGAAACAAACGUUGAUAAUCUAUUUUUAUGUUCAGGUCAUUCUUGUUGGGGGAUCAACAACGCCCCUGCCACCGGUAAGAUCAUGAGUGAAUUGCUAUUGGAUGGAAAGGCAAAGCUGGCGGAUAUAUCUGCUUUGGACCCUUCAUUAUAUUUCGAUGCAAGUAUAUUACUAAGUGAAGAUGAAGAAGAUGAGGUUGAUGAUGAAGAUGAAGACGAAGAAGAUAAUGAAGAAGACGAAGAAGAUGAACUAGGCGACGAAGAUGCUUACGAUAAAGAUGAAUAG